AUGGAGUCAUCCGACGAGAAAAAGGUGAAGUCAUUCUCCAAGGAUGUCGAGACGUAUGCAGGUCCCGAGGUCGACGAAGGCGAAGGAAUCAAGAGGGAUCUGAAGUCCCGUCAUAUCAAUAUGAUUGCCAUUGCUGGAAUGAUUGGGACGGGUCUAUUUUUAAGCUCCGGACAGGUCAUUGCCAUUGCGGGCCCUGCAGGUGCAUUCAUGGCCUAUAUUAUCAUGGGCUUCAUCACUGCUGGAGUUGCUUAUACGACAGGAGAAAUCACGGCCUUUAUGCCUGUGACUGGUGGAUUCAUUCGGCAUGCUACCAAGUUCGUUGAGCCAGCUCUCGGCGCAGCGACGGGCUGGAAUUUCUGGUAUACCAUGGCCAUCUCCGCUCCCGCAGAGAUUACAGCAGCUGCGACUGUCGUUCAAUUCUGGAAUGUACCAGUCAAUGUAGCCGUAUGGAUCACCGUCUUUGGAUUCUUCAUUACCGUCGUCAAUGUUUGCGGCGUCCGUCUAUAUGGAGAAACCGAAGUCGUCUUUGCAACUCUGAAGAUUAUGCUGAUCCUUGGGUUGAUCAUCGGCGGCCUCGUUAUUGAUCUCGGCGGCGGCCCUAAUCAUCAACGCCUCGGUUUCCACUAUUGGAACACGCCCGGUGCUUUCAACGAGUAUAUCAACACGGGGUCCACUGGAAGAUUUUUGGCAUUUUGGAAAGUCCUCCUGACCUCUGCCUUUAGCUAUGGCAAUAUUCAAGUGGUGGCCAUUUCGGGCUCGGAGACUCAAACCCCUCGCAAAACCAUUCCUGCUGCAACUAGGAAGAUCUUUAUCCGCGUUUUUCUAUUCUACGUGCUCAGCAUAUUCAUCGUUGGACUUAUUGUACCGUACAACGACCCUGACCUGACUUUGUCUACUGGCACUGCGCAACAAUCACCCUUCCGCUCCGGUGUCUCUGUCCUCCCUCAUAUUAUCAACGGAGUGGUCUGUACCUCUGCUAUCAGCAGCGGUUCGAGCUGUGUUUUUAUCGCAUCUCGAACCUUGUACGGACUGAGUCGAGACGGACACGCUCCUAAGCUGUUUCAAAGGUGCAACCGAUUUGGAACACCUUACUAUGCAGUUGGGCUGACAGUGUUGCUACUUCCACUGAUGUACAUGUCGGUUGGAAGCGACUCAUCCAUCGUUUUCAACUGGUUUGUGAAUAUUACUACCGUUGCGGGCUUGAUAGGCUGGAUUGUUAUUGAAAUAACUUAUCUUCGAUUCCACGCGGGCCUUUCCGCACAGGGAUAUUCAAGAAAAGCCCUUCCUUAUCGCAGCCCCUUGCAGCCAUACACGGCAUGGGCAACUCUCUUCAUGGUUAUCUUGGUCGUCCUAUUCUCCGGAUUCGACGUAUUUACCACCGGAAACUUUACCGCAGCCGGAUUCUUGACCUCUUACUUGAACAUUGCCAUCUUUGCCGUGCUGUACAUUUUCUUUAAGUUCUUCCUGAAGUCGAAAACGAUCCCACUAAAGGAGAUGGACCUACAGACCGAGUUCGAGUCCAUUGAGCAGGAAAAGGAUCACUGGCAGCAUGCCAGUGAGGAGGACCCGGAACGUCGAUGGUGGACUCGUUUAGUUCACUCGAUAUGA